GGCUCAGACUCCUCAUCCCGAGCCCUGGUCAUGUGACUCUAACAUCGGCUGGGAUUUCUCUCUCGGCAUGGCGGAGAUGAUGGAGCUAGGUCUGCUGUCUAAUACCAUUUGUUUUUCACUGUGAGGAGGACACGUGCAUUUUUGUUGUCGGUAAACCGUUCUUUGCCGUUCCGGUGUCGGGCCAUAAUGGCGGAGCGCGGUGUGGAUGUGUCCGCUCUCCCCCAAGAGAUCCGGGAGCAGCUCGCUGAGCUGGACCUGGAGCUGUCGGAGGGUGACAUCACACAAAAAGGAUACGAGAAGAAGAGGGCCAAGGUUUUAGCACCCUACUUGACACAAACACAAAGUUUAGCUCCGCCUCCGGCAUAUGAUGCACAGUCUCCUGGUCCAAGCUUCGCCUCCGCACCUGAACCUGGCCCUUCGAACUCGUCCUCUUCCUCUUCUCGCCACCGGCGCACACGGCGUCCACACCGGAGCAGUGGGACGAGAGAUGAACGCUACAGAUCAGAUAUCCACACUGAGGCAGUUCAGGCAGCGUUGGCCAAGCAUAAAGAGGAAAAGAUGGCACUGCCCAUGCCAACCAAGCGUCGAUCUGCAUAUGUACAGUCACCAGUUGACAACUGCACCCCACCAGACUCCUCCUCUUCCUCUGAUGAUGAAGCCGUGUCGAGUGAAAGUACAGGGCCUCAGCAGUCUCCAGACACCUGGAUUAAUAGCUCUCUGCAUGGCUCCUCCACCUCCUCCUCUGCCUCCUCCACUCUCUCCCAUGGGGAGUCUCGGCCCACCCAGGCUCCUCAGCCUCAGUCUCAGCAGGUCCCGCCUCCAGCCGCACCUGCCCACCCUCCCCACUCCCACUCUCAGCCCUCCGCCCUGGCAGAGGCCUUCGCUCAGGCACGCAUCGAUCCGGCUGGAGGAGUUGGGCCCCCUGAUGUGCCAUCCCAAGCACAGGCGAGAGGCUCUCGUGUGGAUCUGCCUCCCAACGCUGUGGUGCGAGGCAUGAGUCGAGGCCAGAGCCGAUCCAGCAUGAUGGAGACAGCAGACGUGAGAAGAGUAGGCAGAGGUGUUCCAGUGUCCAGUCGUGUAUCCACAAAGAUUCAGCAGCUGCUAAACACGCUAAAACGACCCAAACGCCCACCCCUCAGUGAGUUCUUCACGGAUGACCAAGAGGAGAUUGUAGAAGUUCCCCAGGCAGAUCCUAACACCCCGAAGCCAGAAGGCCGGCAGAUAAUCCCGGUGAAGGGGGAGCCGUUGGGUGUGGUCAGUAACUGGCCUCCUGCUCUUCAGGCAGCAUUAGCUCGAUGGGGUGCCACACAAGGCAAGAGCCCCGCCCUCACAGCUCUGGAUAUCACAGGAAAACCACUUUAUACACUUACGUAUGGGAAAUUGUGGAGUCGUAGCGUAAAGCUGGCCUACACUCUCCUCAACAAGCUGGGAACCAAAAAUGAGCAGAUCCUCAAACCAGGAGACCGGGUAGCGUUGGUGUAUCCAAACAGUGACCCUGGUAUGUUCUGGGUUGCGUUUUAUGGCUGUUUGUUGGCUGAAGUCAUUCCUGUGCCCAUAGAGGUUCCACUAUCCCGAAAGGAUGCUGGGAGCAGCCAGGUUGGUUUUUUGUUGGGUAGCUGUGGGGUGGGUCUGGCGUUGACCAGUGAGAUCUGUUUGAAGGGUUUACCCAAGACCCCCACUGGAGAAAUAUUGCAGUUUAAAGGCUGGCGCAGGUUAAAGUGGGUAGUGACGGACUCCAAAUACCUCACAAAGCCUUCAAAAGACUGGCAGCCUCACAUACCAACAGCCAACACAGACACGGCAUACAUAGAGUAUAAGGCCAGUAAAGAGGGCACAGUGAUGGGUGUUGCGGUUUCAAAAGUUGCCAUGUUAACACAUUGCCAGGCUCUCAGUCAGGCCUGUAACUACUGUGAGGGUGAAACGCUGGUGAAUGUUUUGGACUUUAAGAAGGACAUGGGUUUGUGGCAUGGAGUUCUCACGAGUGUGAUGAACCGAAUCCACACCAUCAGUGUUCCAUAUGCAGUAAUGAAAGCAUGUCCACUUUCCUGGGUUCAGCGAGUUCAUAUACACAAAGCACGGGUUGCCCUGGUGAAGUGUCGUGACCUGCAUUGGGCGAUGAUGGCUCACAGAGAUCAAAGAGACACCAGUCUGGCCUCGUUGCGCAUGUUAAUUGUUGCUGACGGAGCCAAUCCUUGGUCAGUUUCAUCAUGUGAUGCCUUUUUAAACAUAUUCCAGGCCCAUGGUUUGAAGCCAGAGGUCAUUUGCCCAUGUGCUACAUCACCUGAGGCCAUGACGGUUGCCAUACGGAGGCCCGGGGUCCCUGGAGCUCCUCUUCCAGCGAGAGCCAUUCUGUCCAUGACUGGGCUGAGCCAUGGGGUCAUUAGGGUCAACACUGAAGACAAAAACUCUGCUCUCACCGUCCAGGAUGUGGGACACGUCAUGCCUGGAGCAUUGAUGUGCAUUGUGAAGCCGGAUGGGCCGCCCAUGCUGUGCAAGACGGAUGAGAUUGGAGAGAUCGUUGUGAACUCUCGUGCUGGUGGGAACAUGUACUACGGCCUGCAUGGAGUCACUAAAAAUACCUUUGAGGUGAUCCCAGUCAAUGCUAGUGGCACUCCUAUUGGUGAAAUCCCAUUUGUGCGCUCAGGAUUACUGGGGUUUGUUGGACCGGGUAGUUUGAUAUUUGUGGUGGGUAAGAAUGAGGGCUUGCUAAUGGUUAGUGGUCGUCGUCACAAUGCUGAUGAUCUAGUAGCGACGGCACUAGCGGUGGAACCAGUCAAAACCGUGUACAGAGGAAGGAUUGCGGUGUUCUCAGUGACCGUGUUUUAUGAUGAGAGGAUAGUGAUCGUAGCAGAGCAGAGGCCUGAUGCCAGUGAAGAAGACAGCUUCCAGUGGAUGAGUCGGGUUCUACAGGCAAUUGACAGUAUUCAUCAGGUGGGACUGUAUUGUCUUGCACUGGUUCCUGCCAACACCCUGCCCAAAACUCCCCUAGGGGGCAUUCACAUCUCCGACACCAAGCAACUCUUCCUGGAGGGAGCGCUGCACCCCUGCAAUAUCCUCAUGUGCCCCCACACCUGCGUCACCAACAUGCCCAAACCACGUCAAAAACAACCAGUCGGUGUUGGACCUGCCUCCAUUAUGGUGGGUAAUUUGGUUGCUGGGAAAAGAAUUGCACAGGCUGCAGGCAGGGAUCUGGGACUCAUAGAGGACCAAGACCUGGUCAGGAAGCUGUGCAUGUGGCCUACAAUGAUGCAUCAAUUCCUUACGGAGGCUUUACACUGGAGAGCUCAAACUGAUCCUGACCAUACGCUUUUUGUACUUUUGAAUGCAAAGGGAGUUGCAGUAUGUACAGCUACAUGUGUUCAGCUUCAUAAAAGAUCAGAGAAGAUUGCAGCUGCUCUCAUGGAGAGAAGUGGUAUUAACAUCGGAGAGAAUGUGGUGCUUUUGUAUCCACCUGGAAUAGAUCUGAUCGCAGCAUUUUAUGGCUGUUUGUAUGCUGGUUGUAUUCCUGUCACCGUGAGGCCUCCACACCCACAGAACCUCUCUGCCACUCUGCCCACUGUCCGCAUGAUCAUUGAUGUCAGCAAGGCUGCUUGCAUUCUCACAACUCAGGUUUUAACGAAGAUUCUCAGAUCUAAAGAAGCAGCAGCUACAGUCAACAUAAAAACAUGGCCCAUCAUAAUAGACACGGAUGACUUGCCUCGCAAACGACCUCCCACAAUCUACAAACCACCCAAUGCUGAGAUGAUCGCCUAUCUGGAUUUCAGUGUCUCAACCACAGGCAUGCUGACAGGAGUGAAGAUCUCUCAUGCGGCGGUGAGCGCUCUCUGUCGCUCUAUAAAGCUGCAGUGUGAGCUGUACUCCUCUCGCCAGAUCACCAUCUGCCUCGACCCCUACUGUGGACUUGGUUUUGUGCUCUGGUGCCUUGCGAGUGUAUAUUCAGGUCAUCAGUCCAUUUUGAUCCCUCCUUUGGAGCUGGAGAGCUCGCUGACCCUGUGGCUAGGCACGCUCAGUCAGUACCGCAUCAGAGACACCUUCUGCUCCUAUUCAGUCAUGGAGCUCUGCACCAAGGGCCUAGGUGGACAGACAGACAUGCUGAAGGCGCGUGGUGUGAACCUGUCAUGUGUGAGGAGCUGUGUGGUGGUUGCUGAGGAGCGUCCACGCUUGGCUCUCACACAUUCCUUCUCCAAGCUGUUCAAAGAUCUUGGACUCUCCAUGCGGGCUGUCAGCACUGCGUUUGGGUCGAGAGUUAACCUGGCCAUAUGCCUACAGGGUACCACAGGACCAGACCCCUCCACUGUUUAUGUGGACAUGAAGUCCCUCCGGCAUGACCGGGUGAGGUUAGUAGAGCGAGGAGCACCACAGUCACUUCCUCUUGUGGAGUCUGGAACAAUUCUUCCUGGUGUGAGGGUGAUCAUAGUCAAUCCAGAAACUAGAGGACCACUAGGGGACUCUCACCUGGGAGAGAUUUGGGUAAACAGUCCCCACAAUGCAACAGGAUACUACACUAUAUACGGAGAGGAAAAUCUGCAGGCUGACCACUUCAACACUAAGCUGAGUUUCGGAGAUCCUCAAACACUCUGGGCCAGAACUGGAUACCUGGGCUUUGUCAAGAGAACUGAACUCACAGACUCCAGUGGAGAUCGUCAUGACGCCCUGUUUGUGGUGGGCUCGCUGGAUGAGACUUUAGAAUUGAGAGGUUUGCGAUAUCAUCCAAUUGACAUCGAGACCAGCGUAUCACGUGCCCAUCGCAGCAUUGGUGAAAGUGCUGUGUUCACCUGGACAAAUCUGCUGGUGGUGGUGGCUGAACUCUGCGGAUCCGAGCAGGAUGCUUUAGACCUGGUUCCUCUGGUAACCAAUGUUGUUUUAGAGGAGCACCAUCUGAUUGUGGGUGUAGUGGUUAUCGUUGACCCAGGGGUCAUUCCCAUAAACUCCAGAGGAGAAAAGCAACGAAUGCACUUGAGAGACUCCUUCCUGGCAGAUCAGCUGGACCCCAUAUACGUAGCGUACAACAUGUGAUUUGAGUCAUGGGCGAUACAAAGGCUUAACAGAAAGGUGCUAUGGAGCCUGGCCUCACAACUGGGAUUGGGUUCUUAUACAGACAGACUUGGCCCUGUUUUUUCAGGGAUAAGGUGUUAUUGAACAAAAAUUACAAAUGUGUGAGAUUACUGUCUUGGAGAAGGGAUAUUAUAAUAGAAUUUCCCUUUUGCUCACUUCCUUCUCCCCCAGAACAAAAUUCUACUUACUGUCUGUCCAGUUCUUGGUCAUGAUUUAAAUCUACUUGAAUUACAUAGCUGUUUUUUUCUACUCAAAUGCAUUCCUAUUCUAGUACUGUCUAGCUAGUAAUUUUCUUUUAAUUAAAAUGAUCUUAAAGCCUCAGUUUGUAAGUUUUCACCUGGGUUGUUCGAUUCCAGAAUAGAUGAUUCCGUUUCCAAGUUUUUGGAAUAAAUGGAAUCGAUUCCAGGAGUCAAUUCUCAAAAUUAGUAUAAAGGGAGACAAAGUGAAUUCUUAAAAAUUGCAAUAUAAACUGUUAUUUAUAUGAUUAUUAUUACUAGAAUGAAUGAUAGGAGGUCUUGAUGGAUGGAUGAGCUACAAAAGACAGGAGUCAAGGAAUUAUGUAGAUUUAGCAAUACAUAUUCUGUAUCUUAAAAUAGUGUGGUUAGAACUCUUUUGGGAUGUGUAUUUGUGUGCUAAUCAAGUUCAUGAACAGACAAGGACAUCAUGCCUCUGAAUCCCAACAGCAAAGAAUGGAAGAUUAGUUUCUUUUAGGAUAUAUUAUUAAAUGAUUCUGAAUAUAUACACAGAAUUGAUCUGCAACCCAGCUUAUUAAUGGUGCUGUGUGUUACAGGGCUUUAAAUUUUUAACAUUUUAGGACAGCAUUGGAGUAAUAGGGGUAUUGAUACUCCCCUGGUCAUUUGUCAUUCAUCAGAUGCUUUUGUCCAAAGCAGCUUUCAGUAUACUUAUGACACAGGGACAGUCCCUCCAGAGUAACCUGGGGUUAAGUGCCUUUCUCAAGGGCAUUAUCGAUUAUAGGACAUUUCUUUAACACUCUGGUUCAUAGAAUGCCCUUACCCAGGUUAAACCCACAGUAUCAUCCACCACCAUUUUGGUUAACACACAAAUGUGCUGCAGUGACUGCAGCCUUCAGCUCAUUUUGCUGCCUGUUCUGAAACCAUUAAGCAUUUAAAAUCUUACCACUGGGGCUUUAACUAAAUUUCAGAUAUGGAGCUAUUAUGGCUACAAACUUACAUAUUUGUUUUAGUUCUACAGUACACAAUCUAUAGAUGUACUAGAAAAAUUGCAAUGCAAUACCCGAAAGUUUAUAAUCUUUUUUUAGUUUGCAAUUUCUGAAGUUCUGAAAAACUUAAUUCCCUCAACUCCAUAAGUUCAGCAUGAGGAUAAUCAUCCCUAUUAUUAUUAUUUUUUAUCCUUUAUGCACUUUAUUAGAUAAAUGCAGCUACAUUCUGUAACAUGUAUUAUUAAUAUCUGUCAACAAGGGCAUAUGUGUAGUAUUAUAUAAAUACGUGCUUUACUGAGUAGCAUAUGACUUGCACAAAAAUGCGCAGGCAGAUAAAAAAAACUAAUUUUUGGGGCGUAAUGCCCAGUCUAACCUCAGUACCUACAUUUACAAAUCACACAUUCCUUGAGUUUACUUCUCAACAUAAAACAGUAAGACAAGAAUAUUCACCAACUGCAAACCUCAUCAUCACACACACCAAGCCCAAACCAAACACCAAAUGAGUUACGUACAGCUCUGUUUUUGCUCUCAUUUAAAGGUGCUUAUACACAUCAGGACAAGCCAUUUAAACCUCUGAAUGGCAAAAAGGAAUUCAGGCAUCUGUACAAUAAAAUAAAACAACUGUAAAAUAACACAACUCUGUACAAGCAAGCCCCUUGUGAACACCUAACUGUACAAAGGCAUCGAUUUUACAUGUUUGGCAAAGGAUCUUUAAAGGACAGUUGCUGUCUCCUGUACUAUAGACAUUUUUACUAGGAAUGACUAACUUCUUGUAAAAUUAUUGCUUGUGUACAGAUGUGAAAUUCUACUGUACUGUAAGUUAGUUGCUGUAUUCUGUCAGAUUUUUGGAUUAAUAUUAACUACUGUCAUUUACAUCCCUUCGUAGCUGAGCGGGGGUCUAAAGUUAAAGACUUCUUGUAAAUAGCUCGCUCUGUUUCUGUUUUUUCUUUUCUGGUUGAUCAGAAAUGUGAUGGGUUGAAGUCUUUCUGUCAUGCAUUUCUAUUUAGAAUUCAGAUUCAGAACUCUUACGGUAUGUACAAGUCUUUAAGAUGUAAGCAUGAUAAAGUCAAGCACUGUGGGGGCUUGAAAGACUAUUUUCAGAGUCCUUACACAACUGAUCACUACAGUAUGUUAGUCUGACCUCAUUCUGGGGUUGUACUGUAUAUGUAUGCUUAUGGUCACUGCGUUGAAAGGUCAUUUGCUUGCUGAUGAGUUCCACGAUACCUUUUCCUGUCAUGAAAUGUAUUCUCUCAUUCUCACUGUCGUUAAUGGCAUCAGAGCUGAGCUUAUUUUGAUGAAAGCACAAGCGAGUGAAUUAGCUUUUUACAUGGGGAAUUCAGGGAAAUAGUGCUUUCCAGGAUGAAGAGGAUAUUCAUUUAUAAAUAUUCACUUUCAUGUUUUGCAAUGAUUAUGUUCUUUAAAUAAAAAUAAUUUAUUUGUCAUUUAGUGUUAACAAGUGUUAACCAAGUCUUGGACAAGAAACAAAACAAAGAAGAAAAUUAUCAUUUAAUUGAUAAUCUGUUAUGCCAGCUGAGUGCUGGAUCCAAAAUAAAUGUUUCACACACUAUGCAACCAGAUGCAGUUACAAAGGACACAUCCGGUAAAGCAACGUGCACACUUCACCACAAAUAAAAUACAGAUUAUUUUCUAGCUAUAAAGUGGGAACAUGCAACUGUAACUUGACUUUUGUUGUUUAGACAAUGCAUAUAACUUUUUUGUGUUGAUUAUAACUUUGUUCAAUUCUCAUAGCAUUUUAAAUUACAAGAUUAAGAGAUCACAUUGCAAUUAAACGAAUGUGAUACAAUCAAUUUUUAGUCAUUCAUGGAUAUAAAUGAAAGUGUUGAUUAUGCAAGCAAGCAUUUUCGUGUUCGUUCACAUCUUUCUUUUUUGUACAUUGGUUAUUGUAACUGUUUUAUACUCCAAUGAAAACCACGAAAAAAUAAUAAAAGGCUUUUAUUUUGCA